AUGGCGGUGCUGCCGCUUGCCGCCAUCCACGCGGUGACGCUGGUGGCAGUUGCGUCCUCGCUCUUGUUCGUGAGCCAGUUCCCGUACCACUGCAUUGCUGGCAGCCCAGGCAUAGUACCAGGGUACCAGUCUCCACCAGAUCUGACAGAGGCAGAGGUGACUGGCGUGCCCCUGGACUACCUCGACGCAAGCUUGGAUGCGCCCGCGCCCCUCGUCAACUUCAAAGAGUUCUCUGAGGAGUUUGCACUCGAAGUGCAGUUUGCGCAGCAAGAAUACCAGCUCAUGACACUCCGCACAGCCACAAUGCUGCAGAUGCUGGUGGCUUCCAUUGAAUUUGAGCUCCUGGUCAAGAACGGUUAUGAGCCUCGCCCAGACACGCCCACCCAAGCGCCCGAGCUCAGGCACGUCGGGCGGGCCCUGGCCCUCGGCUCUGCAGACAAGCCCUCCUCAGCCAGCGCAGAUGUCCUGGCCGAGAUUGCAGAGUACGCUAGGGAGGUCGGGUUCGAGUUCAUUUCCAUCCCUGACAACAUUGAGACAGACAACUACGUCUAUGUCAGCACCGUGCAGGCAGACUGCCGCGACCACGCCGCAGACGUGCUCUUCAUCUUGGACAGCAGCGGCGACGUUGACCAAGACUUCUCCCAACUUCGGUCGUACGCCGUGCAAACCGCCUCCCGCUUCGACAUCAGCCCUUCCCAGACCCGCAUCGCCUUCAUGACAUACGCAACCACGCCCUCGCGCCUGUACACGUUGAACGCUGCGGAAUUCCUUUCCGCAGACGAGCUGUUGGCCCAUGCUGCUACGGAGAACUUUCGAGGGGGUUUCACCAACACCGGGGCGGCUCUGGCUGCUGCACGACAGGCGGUAUUCGGCGAAAAAUAUGGAAUGCGCCCUGCGUACCUGGGCAUUCCCCGCAUUGCAGUGCUGUUCGUGAGUCACUCGGCCCAUGACAGCUUCAUCGCGCCUGCACGCCAGCUCCGCGAGCACGGAGUCACCGUCAUCGUUGUUGGGACGGGGAGUGUGUCGACGAACGAGAUGGCGCUGAUUGCCAGCGAACCCGUCAGCGAAAAUGUCAUCCGCAUCGGCGACGUUCCAAAGUUUGUGGUGCUGCCCCAGUUGGUGGCGGCCACCAUGUGCAGGCAGCCAGUCAUUGUCGACACAGCCAAUGCGGUGCUGGUCCGUGGUUUGCCACCACGGGCGUUUCGCUUCUACCGCCUCAAUCCCAUGUUCAAGCGGCUGCAGCGCAUCAACUUCUUCAUGGAAAUGUUCAGCGGCCAGACGGACGUGUUUGUGUCGAUGAACGGAACGCUUGUUGGGCCAUAUCACCACGACAUAGCGUACACGACACGCGAGACUGCCAAAGCGUUUUCCAUUGCCAACUUCUCUUCAUUUGAUGCUGUCACGUUCGCUGUGCAGGGGCGCCCCACCUCGCUCAUCACCGCUGCGUCGUUUCGCCUCAACCUCGUCAACGCCAUGUUCACCGGUGGACCCGUACAUGCGGUCUCGCUGCCCUUCACUGCUGCCCGUCCGGGAAAGACCGUGUCGCUACCUCCUUUGGAGGCGACAGGGGAGAGCGCGGUUGGCACAGCGGUGACGCUGCUGCUUCAGGGAUUUGACAACACGACGUUCAUUGUCACCGCAGGUGGACAGCGCGUGCGGCUGACACAGUACAUCAUGCUUGGGGACUCACACCGCACGCUCGUGCUGGGGCGGAACAUGUCGGAUCCACUUAACAUUGGCGGUGUGCUGCUGCAGCACGACAACUACCACAAACGGAGCAAGGCAUACAAUCAACCCAACUACCGCCACUUUGCACGCCACAAGCGCAGCCAUUACACCAUCAAUCCCAUUAACGACUGCCACAAGCACCACCGUCGCCACUACGACACCAAGGACGGUGUGGAGUAUGAGGUACCGCGAUCAUUUGGACACGUGACAGGGGCCGUGCAGAUGGGUGAGCCCGUGAAGAUCAACCACACACGCGCUGUCAUGUAUGACAUAGGCAAUGACGGCAGCCCAAACUACGACAUGCCCUCCUCAUUGCAAACAACACACGCGCCAACAGCAGCAGCAGCAGCGAGGAAAACAGCCCACGGCGUACGCAUGGCCAUGCUUCAGGAUGUUGGCGAAUCGGGGACCGACACCACCACAGCUGCCACUGCCGGCAACGGCAGGCCCACAUAUGAGGAGGUGGGCGUCACCGAGACGGCAAAUGAUAAUGAGGAGGUGUUGGGCUUUGCUUCGCUGUCCACAACAAGCACAACGGCACCCAGCUCAACCGGUUAUGACAACAUUGGUGACGAUGGACAAGUGGUGUACGCUUCACCGUAGACGGUGGCGUGGUGUUGCUGCGCGUUACUGCUGCCCACACGGUGCUGCUGCUCGUCGUUCCGUUACUGUUGCGUCGAGCGAAGAUGACUGUGUCAUCUGUGUGUGCAGAAUGUGUGUGCAUCGUGUGUUGUGUGUGUGUGUGAUUGUUUGCCUCUGUGUGUGUGCAUGGUGUGUGUGUAUGUGACUGUUUGCCCCUGUGUAUAUGGUUGCGAUUGUUUGUGCCUGUGUGCAUGUGCGUUUCUUCAUUCCAUCGUUCACCUCCAUGAGACACACCUGGCCGUUCCCCUCCUCUCCGCCCUUCGCCCAAACCCUUCCACCACGCCCGCCUACGUUUCUCUUCACAAUAGACACAUCGUUCUCGA